UUCCCACCGCCUCUGUGCGCGCACGGUCCCGUCUCCCGACCGACGCGACGGCCGCGGCAGGCGAAAGCCGGGACAAACACCGAUCUGACCGCGCGCCAUCCCCGCCGGCGCCCGCCCAAUCAGAAUCGGGGUGGCCUCGUCGCCUUUUCCGCACAGCACCAUCCACAACUCCAUGAUCGCUCCCCAGCCACGCUCUCGCCCACACACCCGCAUGAUAUCAUCGCGCGCUAGCUUUGCACAGCAGCACGCCGCGCGGCGCCCAAAAGCAAGCUAGCGUCGUCCCGGCCGUUCCCCUCGGCGUCGCGAGCGCGGCCGCCCCCCGGCCCCUAUAUAAUCGAGCGCCGCGCCGGAGGCUUCUCUCGAUCUCAUCGGUGAUCGUCGUCCCACCCCAAGCAAGUGUCCGAGAGCGAGCUUGCGGCGUCCGAGUAGAGACGAUGGCGAGCGGCAGGGGCGGCGCGGCGGCGAGUGCUCUAGUAGGGCUGGUGGCUUUCUUCGUGUGCCUGCUGUCCUGCGGCCUCGCGCAGGGCGGCCGUGUGGCGCGGAAGGACCUCGGCCUUGACCUCGGCGGCGGCGGCGGGGGACAGGGCGGCGCGGGGCUGGGCCUCGGGCUGGGCCUUGGGCUCGGGGUGGGCACCGGGGGCGUGUCCGCGUCGGGGUCUGGGUCCGGGUCCGGAUCCGUGGCCGGGGUGGGGUCGACGUCCGGGUCCCGGUCCGGGUCGAUCUCCGUUGGCGGGGCGAGCUCGUCGGCGGGGUCGAGAGCCGGAUCGUCCGCUGGGUCGAGUGGGUCGGGGGCCGGGUCCUCUGCUGGGUCCGGUGGCGGGCAAGGGUUUGGGCUGGGUGGUGGGAGUGGGUCUGGUUCCGGGCACGGUGAGGGCGGCGGGUCUGGCGGUGGGCUCGGCAAUGGGGUCGUCGGCGUUGGGUAUAGUGAGGGAUACGGUCAUGGGUCGCCUGGCUCGGGUGGGAAUCCUUGAUUGAUCGUACGUGUUUGAGGUCAUCGCUUUGUGGUUAUGUUGGAUAUUAUGUGUUUUUUUUGGAAAAAGCUUAUCAAAACCAUGUAUGCUAUGGUUAUUACAAUACUAGUUUUAGUCUGGUUAUUGAUAAGUUACUGUAGAAUCGUUGUCAUUUGGCAGCAGCUAAGAAAUAAUUAAGCUAUGCCAAACAUGACUAUUGUGUGCGCGUGCGCGUGUGUCAUGGCAAAAAGUGUAUUAUUUGGUGAUGAAAAGUUGUCUUGAAGAGAGAAAUGUAUUUUUCUUUUUCCGUUUGUGAUAUAUGCAUCCAAUAAAAAAACGGUCUGUGUUUGUCACUUCA